UUGGAGUUACACGGACAUGAUAUAAGCACGCCGCGAUCGCCACCGGGUGGUUGUUUCUACUCGUCACGUCGUUGCGAGACGCCGGGGAACGCAUUCACCGCAUUACUCGUUAGAAAUUACAGCAGCUGCGGAAAAGCGAUCGUUGACAAAAUGGCCUGCCCGGUUCGAGAUCCCGCGUCGGAGCAGUUGAACGAUUACAAGAAGAAUUACAAGGGUGAACAACCUGUAUUACUGACUGCAAAUGGAGCACCUAUUUCUGAGAAGAAGGCCAGCCUUACGGUUGGCCCUCGUGGGCCCAUGUUGUUGCAAGAUUUCGUUUACCUGGACGAGAUGUCGCAUUUCGCCAGAGAGAGGAUUCCGGAACGAGUUGUGCAUGCGAAAGGAGCGGGUGCGUUUGGGUAUUUCGAAGUUACACAUGACAUCACCAAGUAUAGCAAGGCUAAGGUGUUUUCCACUAUCGGAAAGAGAACUCCGAUCGCUAUACGAUGUUCCACCGUCGGUGGUGAAAGCGGUUCUGCCGAUACGGUCAGAGAUCCACGUGGCUUUGCUGUGAAAUUCUACACCGAAGAGGGUAUUUGGGAUCUCGUUGGCAAUAAUACGCCCAUUUUCUUCAUCAAGGAUCCACUCUUUUUCCCGAGUUUCAUCCACACGCAAAAGAGAAAUCCCGCGACGCAUUUGAAAGAUGCUGACAUGUUCUGGGACUUUAUUUCUCUCAGGCCUGAAUCGACGCAUCAAGUUAUGUUUCUUUUCGGUGAUCGCGGUAUUCCUGACGGCUACCGUCAUAUGAACGGCUAUGGUUCUCACACGUUCAAACUGGUUAAUAGCAAGAACGAGAUGGUAUACUGCAAAUUCCACUACAAGACCAAUCAAGGAAUCAAGAAUAUCCUCGCGGAAAAGGCCGCCGAGCUCAGCUCUUGUGAUCCCGAUUACUCGAUCAGGGAUCUUUAUAACGCGAUUUCCAAAGGAAACUAUCCGUCCUGGACUCUAUACAUCCAAGUGAUGACUGCUGAACAAGCAAAGACUUUUAGGUGGAAUCCGUUUGAUCUGACGAAAAUCUGGCCGCACAAGGAGUUCCCGUUGAUACCAGUAGGUAAGUUAGUGUUGGAUCGCAAUCCUGAAAACUACUUCGCCGAUGUGGAGCAAAUGGCCUUCGAUCCAGCGCACAUGGUACCCGGUAUCGAACCGAGUCCCGACAAAAUGUUGCAAGGCCGACUUUUCGCCUAUGGCGAUACUCAUAGACAUCGUCUUGGUCCAAAUCAUCUUCAGUUGCCAGUAAAUUGUCCGUAUAAGACGAUCUCCGCGAUGAAUUAUCAGCGAGACGGCAACAUGCCUUUGUAUAACCAGGGUGGCGCGCCGAAUUAUUAUCCGAACAGCUUCAGCGGCCCGAAGGAAUGUCCGGCAGUGCGCUCGCCUAGCUUCCCGGUGAACGGAGACGUCGAUCGUUACGAUCCCAAGGACGAGGAUGACUUUGGUCAGGUUACGAACUUCUGGAAGAAAGUUCUCGACGAGGCCGCUAAAGAGAGAUUGGUAAAGAAUAUGGUCGGGAGUCUACGUGGUGCGUCGACGUUCAUUGUCGAGAGAGCUGUGCGAAACUUCGCUCAAGUUGACGUUGAUCUCGCGCAGAGAUUAACAGAGGGCUUACGUAAAAGCGGGAUGCUCAUCAACGCCUUAGGCAGAUCGGCUAACCUCUGAAAAGGAUGCGCACUCGUUCCACUCAACUUCUACGUUUUUUUCCAUAAGAUUUUGUAUUGAUCGGAUAUGUUUGUCGAAUUACGGCCGAAACUAUUUCUCUCGUAUAUUUGAACUAUUGUAUAUCGCUCUUAGCGAUAAUUAGCGUUAAUGCGCUAAUUAGAUCUAAUGUAAUACUAAUGCCUUUCUUUUCCUUACGAGGGUGUGGGUGUGUAACCAUUAGUGCCUAUAACAUGAUAUAAUACGGCAUCUACAUGUAUAAUGCACGCUAAUUGUUCGAAGACGAUUAAGAUCAAAAUGUAUCAUACAAUUGUUUGAUAUUUUAAGAUAUUAUAUUUUGCUACGAAUUACAAUAUACAUGUAUACUAUUGAAAAUUGUAUGAUUUUUUCUAAAAAGACGAGAUGGGGAUUUGUA